AUGAUCUCCUCUGCCCUUCGCAGGCUCCAAGGUGGUAACCUUGAAGUCUUUAAAUUCGGAAUGUAUGUCCUGUUUCCUAUCGGCUGGAUGUACUAUUUUGGUACAAACCUUGAAGAACGCUUCUCCGUCCCCGACUUCUGGCCCAAAGCAGAGCAUUCACAUAAGAUUCCAUUGGAGAAGGGCGACAUUGAAGCAGAGUUGGCCAGGAUGGAUCGAGAGAAGGAACGGAAGAGACUAAGGCGACUAGAGCUGGAAACCACGGCGGUGGGGAACGGCCCAAACAGCGAGCCUGCCUGA